AUGUCGCAAGACGAUGUGGCUAGGCACGGGGGUGCCGAUGGCGACACAAAGCUUGCAUGUUGCAAGGUGAUGUGGCUAGGUACGAAGAUGCCGAAGGCGACACAAAGCUUGCAUAUCGCAAGGAAAAUUGCAAAUCAUAGGCCAAGUCUCACGGUGGUCCGAGGAUCUUCGAGUAUUGGGCACCGAGUCUGCAGCAUUGCCCUUGCCGAACGGCAAGGGUGGCUUGGGAGCCUUUUUGGAGGCAUUCUUUGCUCCUUUGAUCUAGGUCCUUGGUCUAUCAGCAAGAGUGAAGGUCGCGAAGCCCAACGCCAGCUGCAUGUUGGAUUCGUCGUCUCACUGUUUCAGUGCCUAACAGCUAAAACAAGCGAGUCUUUUCGUGAGAAGAUUUUUCAUGGUUCCUACCGUUCAGCAAGGCUGAAGGUUGUGGGGGCAUUCGGCAUCGGCAAGUCUCGGCUUCGGCAGCAGAAAGUCUCGGCUCGUGUUGUCACGGCUCUAGCAAGGGGUCUUCUCCGGUUCAGCAAGGUCAAAAAAUGGAGGUUUCAACCAAGUGUGGCAAGCGCUGUGUAG